GUCACAUUUUAACUCCCGCCAUUUUGUCAUUUUGAAGUCGACAUCAGCACAUUUUUGCUGAAAAAGCCGACAAAAUGAGUUUAAACGUAGACAGAGAUGCGUUUAAUCGCCGCAUGAAGAGGCUUUACAGUUCAUGGAAGAAAGCAUCAGGAGAUGAGCCCCUGGCAAAGAUGGACUCAAUGGUGGUGGCUGUAGGUCAAGAUGAAGAGGUGGUCUAUUCUAAAUCUACAGCUAUACAGACAUGGCUGUUCGGAUAUGAGCUCCCAGAUACCAUUAUGGUGCUUUGUGAGAACACAAUAUAUUUCCUAGCCAGUAAGAAGAAGAUUGAAUUCCUAAAGCAGGUGGAAAGUGGCAAAGAGAAUGAUGAGGGGAUCCCACAGGUUAAAUUGCUUACAAGGGACAAAGCUGACAAAGACAAAUCAAACUUUAAGAAACUCAUUGAAGCCAUACAGAAGAGUAAAAAUGGUAAAACGUAUGGACAUUUUGCGAAAGAUAAAUUCCCAGGGGACUUCAUGGAAUCAUGGAGAAAGACACUAGAUAGUGAAAACUUAGAAAAGGUUGAUGUCACCUCCCCUCUUGCCUAUAUAAUGGCACCCAAGGAAGAGCCUGAAAUAAACACAAUCAAGAAAGCAUGUGGAGUGACCAUUGAAGUCUUCAAGAAAUACCUUCAGGCACAGAUUAUGGACACAAUUGACGCAGACAGGAAAGUGAAGCAUGCCAAACUCGCAGAUGGAUGUGAAGAGGCCUUGCAGAACAAGAAGUAUGUCUCAGGAGUUGAUAUGAAGCAACUGGACAUGUGUUUCCCCGCUAUAAUACAGAGUGGGGGCAACUAUAGUCUCAAGUUUAGUGUUGUGAGUGACAAGAAUCCGCUACAUUUUGGUGCUAUCACGUGUGCAAUGGGUGUCCGUUAUAAGUCCUACUGCUCCAACAUAGUACGCACAUUGAUGGUGGACCCCACAGAUGAAAUGCAGGCAAACUACAACCUUCUUCUCAGUGUAGAAGAGGCCAUCUUGGAAAAAUUACAACAUGGUGUAAAGCUGUGUGAUGUCUACAAUGCAGCAGUAAAUGUGGUGAAGGAAAAAAAGAAAGAAUUUGUAGAGAAAAUGACCAAAAAUGUAGGAUUUGCCAUGGGUAUAGAAUUCCGAGAAGGCUCACUGUUGAUUUCUCAGAAGACCAUGGCCCCUGCUAAGAAAGGAAUGGUGUUUAAUGUGAAUGUAGGAUUCUCAGAUCUCACUAACUCCAGCACUAAAGACAAAGAUGGCAAGAAAUAUGCUCUCUUUAUUGGUGACACUGUCAUGGUGAAUGAUGGGUCACCUUGUACUAUACUAACAGCCUCCAAGAAACAAGUGAAGCACGUCGGCAUAUUCCUCAAGGAUGAUGACGAAGAGGAGGAUGAAGAAGAAGAGGAAGAUGUCGACACAAACCAGGGCCCAGAAAUCCUGGGACGUGGCGCACGUGGUGCCGUCCUCGAAUCAAAACUAAGAGAUGAGAAGUCAACUGAAGAAAAACGAAUUAACCACCAAAAAGAAUUGAGAAAUAAAAUAAAUGAGGAUGCACUCGCGAGAAUUCGAGGCAUGAAAGGGAGUAAAGAUGAGAAAAAAAACAAAAAGACGAGUAUAUCAUACAAAGGCCAGGGUCAGUUCCCAAGAGAGUCUGAAGUGCGUGAAUUACAGAUCUACGUUGACAGAAAAUAUGAGACUAUAAUCUUACCCAUGUUUGGAGUUGCAACACCAUUCCAUAUAGCCACAAUUAAGAAUAUCAGUCAGUCUGUAGAAGGUGACUACACAUACCUACGUAUUAACUUUUUCCACCCUGGGGGUUCUAUGGGACGUAAUGAGGGCAACCAGUACCCCGACCCUGAUGCCACCUUUGUUAAAGAAAUCACUUACCGUAGCUCCAACACUAAAGAGCCCGGAGAAAUCUCCGCACCGUCAUCCAAUCUCAAUACAGCAUUCAGACUCAUCAAAGAAGUGCAGAAAAAGUUUAAGACUCGGGAAGCUGAAGAGCGUGAGAAAGAGGGCAUAGUAAAACAAGACACUCUGGUGAUCAAUCCAAACAGAGGUAACCCAAAGCUGAAGGACCUCUAUAUAAGACCUAAUAUUGUUUCAAAGAGGAUAUCAGGCUCCCUGGAGGCACAUACAAAUGGUUUCCGGUUUACAUCAGUGCGUGGUGACAAGGUUGACAUCUUGUACAAUAACAUCAAGCAUGCAUUUUUCCAACCAUGCGACAGUGAAAUGAUCAUUCUCCUUCACUUCCAUCUCAAGAAUGCUAUACUGUUUGGCAAAAAGAAACAUUGGGAUGUUCAGUUUUACACAGAAGUUGGUGAACUCACAACAGAUCUUGGCAAACAUCGCUACAUGCAUGACAGAGAUGACCUGCGUGCUGAACAGGCUGAGAGAGAGCUGAGGCACAAAUUAAAAUCAGCAUUUAAAAGUUUUACGGAGAAAGUUGAAACCAUCACACGACAGGACGUUGAAUUCGAUACUCCAUUUAGGGACCUUGGAUUCCAUGGUGCCCCAUAUAGGAGUACAGUGUUACUACAGCCUACAAGUGGAUGUCUUGUGAAUUUAACCGAAUGGCCUGUGUUUGUGAUCAGCUUAGAUGCAGUUGAAUUGGUUCACUUUGAGCGUGUCUCGUUCCACUUGAAGAACUUCGACAUUGUAAUUGUGUUCAGAGACUAUGCCAAGAAGACGGCCAUGAUUAACUCAGUCCCCAUGCAAAUGUUGGACCAUGUCAAGGAAUGGCUAAACUCAUGUGACAUUCACUACACGGAGGGUGUACAGAGUUUGAACUGGACCAAGAUCAUGAAGACCAUUGUUGAUGAUCCUGAGGGCUUCUUUGACAGUGGUGGCUGGAGCUUCUUGGAUCCCGAGAGUGAUGCUGAGGUAGAUGAGGAAUCGGAGGAAGACUCGUACGCACCAAGUGAUUUAUCAGAGGAUGAAGAUGCAUCAUCCGAGGAUUCCUAUGACAGUGAAGAAUCUAAUUGGUCAGAUGAGGAAGACAGUGAAGAUGGCUCAGAGGAUCUCGGCUCAAGUGAAGAGAGUGGGAAAGAUUGGGAUGAGUUAGAGGAGGAAGCCAGAAAGGCUGACAAAGGUGUUGAAUUGGAAGAAGAGGAUAAAUUCCGUCGGGAGCGUCACAACAAACAUGUUCAACCAAAACACCGACACUCCUCAUCAAAACACAGUAGCUCUAAGCACAAGUCUCCACAUAAAUCCUCGCACAAAUCCUCAUCUCAUAAAUCAUCCUCCCACAAAUCCUCGUCUCAUAAAUCUCCGUCGAAAGAUCGAGGAGAGAAGAGAAAACAUGGAAGUGGCGGAGGACAUCGUGAUACACCAUCUAAGAAAAAGAGGCGUUAGAUCUUCCAUAAACAAGAACAAAAUUCUGAUUGUAUUAUAAGCCACUUUUUCUCAAGUCUUGUAAAUAUUGCAAAGCAUUUCCCGAGAGACCUAUCAAAUCUUCUUGAAAUUUACUGAUUUCAAUGGAAUUUUGAAAAUUUCAACAAGACCUGUCAUUUGUAGAUGGCUGCAGAAUCAUUGAUAUUCAAAUCCAUUGGAUGGGUCUGUUGAUGAAAUUACAAGGAAUUUAAAAAGGUGGGAAUGUAAAGUGGCUGCCUUGAAAAACCCUGCUGAUAAUUGAAACAUUUUUACCUAGACUCAAAAAUAAAAAAAGUUCACCUGAAGGCAAAUGACAUUAAGACAUGAAAUAGUUGGAAUCAGUCAACCAAAUCUGAACAUUUGGAAAAUAAGAAGUCCUCUUGAAAGGUCAAGAUAAAAGAGUUGUAUAUGUAUAUGUUCAAACCACAAUGUUGUCUCUGUAAUCAAUAUUGCAUUGUAUCAUUGGCGUGUUAAAUUAUAUCACAAAGAAAUGUAUGAUAUAUUGUGCGAAAUGGAAAUGCUUAUACUGCAGUAUAUGUAUAAGGCUAAUGGACUAUUUCAAUCCUUAAGUGUCCAUUUGUCAGUAAGUUUAUGUAUACUGUGUAUACUAUGUUUUCAUUUUAAAACCAACACCUUUGUGAGGGUACAUUCUGUUUAUAACGAUAGAUUAGGCCUCAACCAAAGUAUUUAAAAAUGAAAGUCCUUAAAGGGGUAACAAGGCCUGUAGAGAGAAAAUUCGAAAAA